UUCCGCUCAAAGCCGGAAGACAGUUAAGCAGGCUUCUUCCUCCGGCUCGCCUGGCCCUGGAAGGCCAAAGUUGUGUCAGACAUGGAUUUAGAUGCAGAAAGAAAGAAGAUCACAAAACAAAUCAAGAAUCUAGAAAGGAUUUUGGAUCCCAACAUUGCAACAAUCGAGGUUGUUGUCUCCGAUUCAAAUCUUGAUUCUGAUUCAGAAGCAGAUUCUCUGGGAGAUGACGACUGGGAUGAACACAUUCCUAUGGAGGAAGAAAGUUGGGGAGAAAGCGAUGAAGAUGAUGACUCAAAAGACCAAGCCCUUCCCAAAGACCCAGAGACCUGUUUGCAGUUGAACAUGGUGUAUCAAGAAGUCCUUCAGGAGAAAAUAGCAGAAGUUGACUUACUGCUGGCUCAGAAUAAAGAGCAACAGGAAGAAGUCAUGUGGGAUCUGGCUGGUUCCAAAACCCCAAAGAACAAAGAUGGAAAGAGCCUCCCUUCAAAUGUAUUUGUGGGUCAUUUUAUGAAACCAUACUUCAAGGAUAAAGUCACAGGAAUUGGACCUCCAGCCAAUGAAGAUACUCGGGAAAAAGCAACACAGGGCAUCAAGUCUUUUGAAGAACUGAUUGUGACCAAAUGGAAAACUUGGGAAAAGACUUUACUUAGGAAGUCGGUGAUGAGUGACCAUCUGCAACGUUUGCUCCAACCCAAGUUAUUAAAGCUUGAAUACUUAAAUCAAAAACUUGACAAAGUCAGUAACGCAAUGGAGAAGCAGAUCUUGGAGAAGCAAAUAAAGAAUACCGAGAAGGAAAUUGAGGACAUCAAUCAGCUACCAGAAGAGUCUUUGUUGGGGGAUAGACUGGAUGAGCGAGAUUGGGAGAAGAUCUCUAAAAUUAAUUUUGAAGGCAGCCGAAGCGCUGAUGAGAUUAGGAAAUUCUGGCAGAACUGUGAACACCCAAGCAUCAACAAGCAAGCAUGGGUUGAGGAAGAGACCGAGCGUCUGAAAGAGAUUGCGGCCAAGUAUAAUUACUUGGAGUGGCAGAAGAUCGCUGCAGAGCUGGGGACCAACCGAAGUGCCUUCCAGUGUCUACAGAUGUACCAACAGUUUAACAAAGACUUGAAGCGAAAGGAAUGGACAAAAGAAGAAGACAAUAUGCUCACACAACUAGUUGAGGAAAUGAGAGUUGGAAACCACAUCCCUUAUCGGAAAAUUGUCUACUACAUGGAGGGUAGAGAUUCAAUGCAGUUGAUCUAUCGUUGGACCAAGAGCCUAGAUCCCAGUUUGAAAAAAGGAUUCUGGACCCCAGAAGAAGAUGCUAAAUUACUCCAAGCUGUUGCCAAAUAUGGAGAACGUGACUGGUUUAAAAUUCGGGAAGAGGUGCCAGGUAGGAGCGAUGCCCAGUGUCGAGAUCGAUAUCUAAGAAGAUUACAUUUUAGCUUAAAGAAAGGAAGGUGGAAUGCAAAGGAAGAAGAAAAAUUAAUUGAAUUAAUAAAAAAAUACGGUGUUGGUCACUGGGCAAAGAUAGCCUCUGAGUUGCCUCAUCGGACAGGCUCCCAAUGUCUGAGCAAAUGGAAAGCCUUGAUUAGGAAAAAGAAGAGGCCCCGAAAACGGCAGAAGUCCCGGAAGAAAUACAGCUCCAGCUCCACCAGCAAUAGCAGCAGCAGCAGUGAGGACACUGAACUGGAGUGGCAUGAUGACCUGGAGAAGGAGAGAGAUGCUGAAAAGGCACCAGAGGUGUGCCAGUACACAGUGCCCAGCAUAGACAUGUGGGUCCCCACCAGACAGAGUCAUGCUGCACUGGGGAAGGAUCCAGGAGGGGGCUAUUCCAGAUCCUCCACUAUUUCCCCCUGCCUUUCCAAAGCAUCUGUGUCCUCCAGAGUAGCCUCCAAAGACGGCAGCAAGGCAAUUCCAAAAGUAGCGGUGGCAAGAAGAAAGGACCCCGACUGGAACAAGAAUGAUUUGGACUGCAGCACUGUCCCUACGGACACUGAGUGCACGCAUUCAGCGGAUGUUGGUCUGGAGAAGCCACAGGAAGGCUCAGAAGAGGCCUCCACAGCUGGAAAACGUGUCUUAAAGGUUCCCCUGAAUGAUGUGAAGAAGGUGAUAAGGAUCAAUACCUGUUUGGAAUACCAGAAACUGAAAGAAAGGCUGAAGAAGACCCAUUUGUUCACUUCAUCUCUGGUAUCCAAAAUCGACAGUGGAAUGGCCAUAGAAAAGGUUCUGCAGGUAUGGCACAAAACUUUUCUGAAUAGGCAGCGGCAACGGAAGAUUGGCAUACAGAGGAAGAGAUUGGACCGUAAGCUCUUGAUGGCUGUGACUCCCUGGGUGGGUGAUAUCACCAUGCGUUGUUGGAGUUCCCGGAAGGCUGUAACAGUGCAGACUCGAGCAGAAGCCAUCAUGACAAAAUUGCAGUCUAUUCAUCUGACAAGCACACCUGUGUUUACGUUGUUUAUUCAGUUGUUUCAGAUUGAUACUGAUGGCUGCAUGAAGGUGAUUGGAGAGAGGAAGACCAAGCAAUCAGAUCUGCUCUUGGCUAUUAGCGGAAAUCCACAGCAACCUCAGCAGGCAUCCUCUGGUUUACAGAAAUCUUCAGGCUGCCAGCUGACGAAGGGCAAAGAAACACAAAGGAAAUCUACUGUCUCUAAGACAAAAGAUUUGCCAGAGGCUGCCCAGCCAAGGCCAUCGGUGUCACCAGCUUCUUUAGGCCCCAAACCAAAGCUGAAGACUGUCUCAGAACUCCUGAGGGAAAAACGGCUAAGGGAGUCCCGAGCCAAUAAGGCUCGGGAGAAUACAGUGAUCCUUGCCCCUCAGGUGCUGGUCACCCCACCUGUGAUCCUUCAGCAACCUUUGCAACCACUUCUCCCUUCCACUCUUGCCACAGCCCAGCCUCUGGGAUCAGGGUCAGCUGGGAAACCAGUUGCCAUGGCUUCAAGUCCAGCAGCCGCAUUCCAGACACCUUCCCCCAUCAUAGCUUCCACCAAGUCCCCUGAAAAAAAUUCUGUCACAGAUAAUUCUACCUCCUCCUGGGGAAAUGAGGUCAUUGUUGAAGUAAAUAAAACAGAGGGGACCUCUGCCCCCCAGGUUGGGGUGCUUACCUCAGGCCAGUCUUCCUCAUUGAUGAAGUCCGAAGGGCACUCUGCUCCUAGUGAGAGCCCAGUCCCUAGAACAGCAGCUAGUCCAGCCCUAGGAGUAAGCCAGAUUUCCUCCGGGUCAGGGCCAGCUAGCCUCCUGUCUUCUCAAGUCACUACCACCUCAGGGAAUCAGGAACUCCCCAAGGUACCUUCUUUUCUUGCUCCAGCUCAAAUCUCUGUGCAGCAGCCCAAAUCCAUUAGACUGGUGCCUACCCUUUCAGUUCCUACCUGUGGCUCACGGGUUAUCUCCAGCAACAUUUUGCCUGUCACAUGGGUAGUUACUGCACAAGGGCUUGUCCCUAUGUCCACGUCAACCCUUGUGGGCCUCCCUGGACCAGGCAAGCCAGCUGGAACCCCUGUGCUCCCCAUCCUUAGGAGAGUGGUCAAGAGUAAGGGUACUCUGAAACUGUUGCCUUCAUCAAAAGUCAAGCAGAGCCCUAGGGCCUCUGUACCAAGACCCACUUUAGCCAAAAGGCCGCUUAUUGCCAGUAAAACUCUUCAAGGAGACCUGGCCUCAAGGACAGCUGGACCAAGUCUUCCAACACAUGUUCCCACCAUGGCUUCAUCAGAUACAGUAAAUCACUCAGAAAAAAACAAUCUUCCUGGAGAUAAACCUAGAGAAGUGAGGACAGCUGGAGAGAUGUCUGUGCCCUCUCCCCAGCCUGAGACAGAGCUCCAGACCAAGAGCCCCACAAGCCAACCAAGGGCAGAGCCUGAGGGCUGCCACUGUGUGCUCACUCCAGAAGCAGAGAGCCCAGCCAGAGUGAAUACAGGAAGCGAGGAUCCUGCACAGAAAGACCUUUUACCAGAGACAAAAGACAAUCUUCCUGUUCGUAAUGGCAGUCCUGAGAAAUCCUUUCCUACCCCAGCAGGGAUGCCUAAGCCCAUUACCCAGUCACAGGAAGGGAUAGCUGCCCGAGACAAUCAGCCCAAAGCCCUGGAGCCUGGGAAGAGCGUUCUGGACCUGAGCCUCCUCUCGUUGGAGAAUGAGGCUUCUGUAAGGGAGUGGCUCAAAGGGAAGCAAGGCGUCUGCUUGCCCCUGCUUCAGAGCACACUGCCCUACCUGCCUCCCUUUCUGUGCAAUCUAAAGACUCUGUCAGGGCUUCUGCUCCAAAAGAAAUCUCUGGAGCAGAGAGCAGCUACCCUAGUGGCACAGGGAAGAGUCCAGGACAAGAGUGAUGUGUCCAGACAGGACAUUCAGGCAGCUCGGCAUCUGGUGCAACAGCAACUUAAGGAGAACCCCGCAUACCUCCUCCUGAAAGCCAGGUUUUUGGCAGCUUUUGCCCUCCCAGCUUUUCUUGCCACUCUUCCCCCGCCUAGGGUCCCAACCACCCUUUCACGCAUUAUGGACAAAAGCAGUGAGAGUGAGGAGGAGCAGGAGCAGGAGCAGGAGGAGGAGUGCGCUCAGUCAGAGACAAGGCCCAAAGACAGUGAUUGUGGUGGGAAUGAACAGCUGACAAACGCAGCCGGAGACACCCAGUCUACCCCAGAGGCCAUGUCCUCUAUCCAGGGCUCUCCCCAUCCUAUCCCACAUGCCACGUCCAGUACCCUGGAUGCUGAAGACUUCAAUGUACUGAAGACCAGAAAUGCUGUGCAUGCCAGGAAGCGGAGGAGGAGGGUGUGAGAAGGAGGCUGGAGAGAGGACUAAGACACAAAAAACGUUAAGAACCACUGGCUUUCAGGAAGCUUCUUGGGUAACCAUUUUGUCUGGAGCUGUCUACAUAACAAAGUCCCUAACAGUGCAUCUCCCCACCCUCCAUUCUGUCAGCUCGAUUGUCUUUGGCAUUUAUAGACCUUGGCUUUUGCUGAAGGCACUGUCUAAAGGUGUGGAAACAGCUGGAUGGAAGCAUCCUUGGGAGCCCCUGCCUCUUCUACUUCAGGAUUCCUGGCCAUGAAAACUGCCUCUAGAGCCAAGGAAAUCUUAAACUUGCUUAAAACCAGCUGACCCUGCAAAAAUUAAAAAGUCAAGAAACCACAAGGGAUAAGAAAUCCUCUUCGUCAUGAAGGCUUCCUCUGCACAGACAGUAUUGAGUCAACACUUCUCACCUAGCUCCUCACUGAAGACCAGUUAUCACACUAACCACCCUGGAUUAUCACAUACUGUAAACCCUGGAAAUUGGACUCUUCUGCAAAAGGCUUAUGCCACUGCUUUGUUGCACUAGAACAAGGGAAGGAGGGAACUUGGGGGGCUGCAGGAUAGGGAGGAGGAGGAAGAGAGAAAUAGAAGGUUAUUUAUUUUUGCUGUCAAAGCUUUAUUUUGUGUGAUCACUUGAUUCUGGAUCAGAAGAGGUGACUGAAAUUCUCAGUCAUUCCACCUUCAAUGAUGUUGGUAAUGAAUAGUCCCUCAGCUGCUUUGAAGUAAUAAUACUUCUUUAACUGGAGGGUUUUUUUUUAUGCAAAUAACAAGUUUAAAUGGAGGGGAAG